CUGCGGCGGAUGUUGAUGUUUUGUUUCGGAGCUGGCUGAGCGAUGUGAACUGUAUCGUCUCCGGGACGGGUUGAUAUUUUUCUGUAGUCGUCUUCACGGUUCUUCUUGUACUCUUCUCUCGGUAAGGUUCCGCUGUUCGUCGGCAUCGUGUCUGUCCCGGUGUCUCUCCCGGGAAGCGCGAGCCUGAGUCGUGCGAUGAUGGAGGACUUUGAUGAGAUCUACGAGGAGGAGGAGGAGGAAGAGGAGGACGAGGACAGGGCCGCGGAGGAACAGCUCCUCAAGUACGCUCCGGACCCGGUGGUGGUGCGAGGGUCCGGCCACGUCACUGUGUUUGGGCUGAGUAACAAAUUCGAGUCAGAAUUUCCUUCAGCACUUACAGGAAAGGUGGCACCAGAGGAAUUCAAAGCCAGUAUCAACCGUGUAAACAGCUGCCUGAGGAAGACCCUGCCAGUGAAUGUGCGGUGGCUCCUGUGUGGCUGCCUCUGCUGCUGUUGCACACUGGGCUUCAGUUUGUGGCCUGUCAUCUGCCUCAGCAAGAGGACAAGAAGAUCUAUAGAGAAACUUCUGGAGUGGGAGAACAGCAGACUUUACCACAAGUUGUGUUUGCAUUGGAGGCUGAGCAAAAGGAAGUGUGAAACUAACAACAUGAUGGAAUAUGUAAUCUUAAUAGAGUUCUUACCUAAGAUCCCCAUCUUCAGACCGGACUAGCCCGACUGCGGCAGAUCUCAGACCUCCACUGCUGCCCAGCUCUGCCACAGAACCACAAUGGCUGAAUAAAUACCCCAAUAUUUUUGUUUACAGGGUAGCAUCAAUCCUCCUGUCUGUCUGUUUGACCCGCUCUCCCACACAUACCUUCUCUUCACCCUUGUUUACAAAUCCAGCAUCCCAACACUUGUUUUUUUGGAGUGAAUUCACCAUUGAACUAUGACCUAUGGGGCAAGCUGGCACACUGUUGAGCCACGCUAACCGGCACCAGCCUGUGGAAUGUCAGAGUGAACCAGCCAUGGGCAGCACUAUGGAUUUUGGAGCUACAGCUGGAGACUGGACUCUCAAACUGAGUUCUCUGAGCUACGACUGGAAUUUUGUCACUUGUAUUGUCCCUAACCUAAGCACAUGGCACAGUCAGACCAUGAUAAAAGAAACACUUUAACAUGUUACCUAGUGUCACACCGCCAACUUCACCUGCAAAAAAUACACCCCAGUGCUUUUGUAACAGUUGGUUUGGUGCUCUAGAUCGUCACCAGAGGCUGUGAAGGCAACAAAACAUGGAACUCCAAAGGAACCUUUAUCCAAAUCAACUCUGUAGCAGACAGACUAGUCUUACAGGAGCAUGCUGGGCCAGUGGCCAGAACAGCUGAACUCAACAAUGUCACUGUUCUUAUCAAAUACCAGACAUCCUCUCGCCUCCUUUCAUAUCUCUGCACACUCCACUGUGCGUCACCCCUAACCCAGUGACAAUCACACAUUCUGACUGUACUCUCCAUAGUAUGAUUGGGUCUUCAUGCUGCACAGUUUACCUGGAACAAUUUGUCUUAAACAUUUUGUUAGUCCAGGUGAUGGGCUGGCUGCCAAGCAACUGCUUCUGAAUCGCAGUGGAACAAGUAAGCUGAAAAGAAAGCCACUAGUGAUGAAGAGAAGGAACCUUUUUUUUUCUUUCUUUUUUUUUUUUUCAAGUUUUGUUUACUAUUUUGGUGAAAGAUGAGCAGAAUGCAAAAUGUUUCACUGUUAGUGUGUGUGUGUGUGUGUGUGUGUGCGUGCGUGCGUGCGUGCGUGCGUGCGUGUGUGUGAGUGUGUGUGUCUUUCUGAGAGAGAACGAAAGCAAAAAGACAAAUCAGACAUGAAGUGAUACUCUUUACUCUGUCAAGCAGGGUUCUGUCUUUGACACAUUUCUUUGCCAUAACCAAUCUUUGUUACUUUUGUUGUAGUAAUUUAUAAAUGGUUGAGUGCACACGAAAUCUGUGCAUUCGUGAAAUAGGCCUCAGUUGGUAUUUUUGUUUCUUGGUGGGGUUUUUUUUUUGUUUUGUUUUUUUGCAAAGUUAUGCCAUGGUUGUUUCCCAUUGUUUUUAUGGUCAUGUGUCAACACUAAAGCACACAAUCGCUUUGUCCUUAACACCUUCACAUGGCCUCUCUUCCUUAGCUGCUGACCUUGGCUUACUUAAAUGAGUGCUCAAGUUAAGGAUGUGGCUCUUCUGAGAAUAUUCCUCUGUUUUAGAUAUAAUCUGACUCCUUGCUUUCAGAGGUCUGGGGUGACCAAGAGUAUUAGGUCCUCUUUAUUAGGUGUUAGGUAAUACCAGAGUUUGGUAUCAUGAGACAGGAUCAUUGAAGUUAGCCUGAUAACUUUACUAAGUAAAACCAGAGUGUUCCCACACCAGGAACGCAGACUUAACGCUGCAUUAAUCAGUAUUUUUAUAUUAACAAUGGAAAAAUAACUGCAAUGUGAAAGGGGUUACUUACAAUAAUGUGUCUUCAGAGAAUUAGCACUCAACUCUGCAGUUCCCCUCAGCUCUACAGGGUGUUUUAGUGUCUUUCAGCUUGUUUUAAUUUUCUGGCCUGCAUCCAGCAACAGCAGGCAGAUGUUUUCAGAGAAAAGGCUCUGUUAAAAACUCAAUGUACUCUACCUGCUCAGCACAGACAGACAGACACAGAGCAACCAGCUGGUGAACAUAGUGGAGCAUUUAGCAGCUAAAGAGCCAGGUAAUUCCCACGGGAGUUAAGAGAAAUUAAUGAAAGAACUUCAGGGUGAGCGAAUCUUAACCUUGUAUUCAUCAGGUAACUGGAAACACAACUCCAAAUUAAAGCUGCAAGCAGCGAUGAAUGGGCCCUCGCACCUUUGCGUAUGUCAAGGGUAGAGGUGGCACACCGUUGAUGCUGCUGUUUAUUUCUGUGAAAGUCAGACACUGCACGCAGGAGUUGUAUUUCCUAAGUGGACAUGACCUAUUGCAAAUUUUGUACCACUUCUUGUGACAACUAUGUGGUGCAGGAGAAGACACACAGCUGUAUAUCUAUUGUAGACCACACAUGUAAAUUUCAUUUAAAUGAUAAUUGUUGUCACACAAUGCUUACUUUUUGUUGUCAGUAGGUGGCAUAAUAACUAUGACAUCUUAUUGACAUGUUGAUGUCGUCAGGCCUGAUGAAACAUGAGAUGUGGUCCAGAUUGGACAAUGUACAUUGAAGUUAAAACAGCCUUUUUUAUGACGAAUAAUACGUUGUCAUGGCAUGUUCAAUGAAAACUCACAAUCUCCACAAGAUGGCAUCAUCAAAGUCUUAAGGCUCAUCUGACCCCACUUGAGGCCGAAGUGGUUAACCCGAUAGAAGUACAUCAGAGUAUGAAACGUCAUUUUCUGCUGCCUGUAGGUGGCGCUAUAACAAUAACUCAGUAUUGGCAUGUCUAUUUCCUGAGGCCGGGACUGUUGUCAAGCAUGACAAAUUUUGGGCAGAUUUGACAAAGUGUGCAUAAGGUAAAAAAAACUUACUGUUUUAUGGUGAAACAUGCAAAAUGGCUGCCACAACACAGCAACACUUUUCAUUGAAAACUCCCUUUUUUUUUUUUUUUUCUUUCUUUCAGAAAGCAUCAUCAAGGUCUUUCAAAACAAAUUUGAGGUGGAUCUGGUCAACAUGCUAGGAAGAAUACGUAAAAGUAUUGUACAUGUUAUUUCCUGUUGCUAGUCAGUGACACCAUGACUGUAACUACAUGUUGGUAUGUAGCUGUCUUCAGGCCAUGACUUUUAUCAAACAUAAAGUUAGGGGCAGAUUAGACCAUCUACACAGGAGUGACAAACCACUUACUUUUCCGUAGCUGAACAUUGAAAAUUGAUGCCUCUUUAAAGUCACAUGGUUUGACUAAAACUCAAGCUUUUUACAAGUUCUUAUGUAAAGGGUCUUUUGACGGAGCAGACAAAAUUUAAAGUCAGUUGGACUAUAAUUCUAGGAAUAACCAAAAAAAAAAAUGCACAAAACUAGCAUAUUAACUUCAAAGUGACAGACUUCCUGUUGAGUCAAGUAUGGCUUCAAGGCUUUUUUUUUUUUUUUUUUUUUUUUUUUGUGUAAAGAUUAUUUCUGGGGCUUUUUGGCUUUAAAUGACAGGAUAGUCAGAAUCGCGAAAGGGGGAAAGACUUUUUUUGUACCAAUUUUCGUACAUCAUAUUUUAUCAUACCUUAUAACGAAACCCAUAAAAUAUCAAAAUUUUCACCGGUUCUGAUGUGUCUGCAAAGAGCACCUCUAGCCCCUCAAAAAUCUGAUUCAUCUGCAUAAAUAACUCCUUCUGUUUCAAUAGGGUCCUCGCAACGUUCGGUGCCUGGGCCCUUGGAAUGCUAGUGUUGCUCAGUGUCUUCUGGAUGUGUAAAAAGGCAACUGUUUGCAAACAGAUUGUUCCUUUGUUCAGUUAUCUAGCUAUCUAACAAGGCAUAAGACUAUUUUUUAAAACUGUCAACAUGUUAUAAGUCACAUGAUGACUUGAUAGACAUGAUACAACCACUUGCCAGCACAAAGACGAUGGUAUAGAUUUAGCUUUGUCCGCUCAGUACACCUUAUGAUUUAUGAAAUCAUCCAGAGACUGAGAUCAAACAAAGUCAUUUUAUUUCAGCUCCAGUGAUUGUACGGGUCGCACUCAGGGGAUUAUACUUCAAACAAACUAAAUGUAGAAUUGGAAAUGUCCCAAAGUUACACCAGAGGGUUAGGUGUACUAUAGAUCAAUUGUAAAAUGAUGCUUUUGGAGUUUGUUUUGAAAUUGAAAAUUGCCCUUCCUGUUAAGAUGGUAAAGGAAGCACAUACCCCAUGGACCCACAAAGCUCAGACGUUGUGUUGGUUUAUAUGUUUAAAGACCCAAAGUCACUUGAUUAUCACUGGGUUGCCUAUUGGUUCAUCAGUCACUUUUCUAUAUUUUUGAUUGUGGUCUGUUCUGUGUAAGUCGAGGCAUAAGGCCAUAUGCAGAUAUUUGUGGUGUGGGUGCGUGCACGGUGUAUGCAAAUGCAAAUGUUCUUCGUAGAUCUCAGACUGUGAUUGAACCCUGCACAGAAAAUGAGUCCUUUUUUAUAUUAUCUUGGGUGGUCUGUGUGUGUGUGUGUGUGUGUGUGUGUGUGUGUACAAGGGAGAGAAAGAUAUAUGUACAUAUGACUCAUGAGCAGAUGUACAGUAAUAAACUACCAAUAAACAAGGCUAUGGGCAUCCUCCUCUGUACAUCAGUGUGAUUUUUUUUCCUGCUUAUUGACAUAAAGUCUCCAUGAAGAUUAUCAGUCAUGUGAGGUCACAGAAUCUAGAAGCACUAAGUCAAAGGCAUUGCUGUUUUAAUCUGGAAGAUGUUAACCACAGUGGUUUCAUCAACUCUGACAAGUGAGCAGUUCCCACGAUCAGGGUCUCAUAGCUAUAGAUGGGGAACUACUUGUGACACAGUGAGUUCAUAGCCCAAAACAAGAAGUCUCCAGCCAUGCAAGCGUCUCUGUGACGCUGCACUUUGGAACAAUGGCAAUUUACACUGAAAUGCUAACUUCAGCUUGUUACCAAGCUCACAAUGACAACGCUAACAAGCUGAUGUUUAGAGAGGGUGUUUUCCAUGAUCUCCAUCUCAGUUUAGCAUGCAAGUAUGCAUCAUUUGCUUAACAACAACAAAGCAAAAAAUACAGCUGAACUGGAGGUAAACUAUUUAUCCAAGUCUCUGCACUCUGGGUACUCUGGACCUGGUGAUGUAGAAUAGCUGGGUAAUUUUCAUGUGCCACUGAGCAACUUUCAUAGAACUGAACAGGGCCCUGCCUCCAACAUUGAAUCCAGUUCUCUGUGCAUUUAGGAGCAGAUAAAUGCUUCUGUCUGUGCAGUGUUUCUGUUGGCAGGUGUAGUUUGGUAGAAAGAAAAUAGUUCCUACAUGAAACUGCUCACAGCAAGGUCUGUGGAUUACAUUGAGGUACAGUAAUCUGGAAAGUGGUAUUUCUGAUGAGUUUAUCAAAUGUUUGUUUUGGGUUUUCUGGCACUUUGGGCACCACAAACCAAGUGCCUUUGCCCUUUUCAUGUUUUUUUGCCCACGCCCCUAUGAAAGCUUAAGUCUGCCACUGGCUGUCAGCUGAAUGAGCGAUGAUCUGCCAGACAACUGAGCCAAACGAGCAGCCACUUGCUUGUGUUUUUUUUUUCUUCAGAAGAACUGUGGGAGGGAGGACACCUCCACAAAUUGAAGCUACAGUCAUGCUGCAUAUCCAUUCAUGUCAUAUCUUUUUUAUCGACAGAAUUCUCUCAAACACAGAAUCUGUACAGUCAGUCCUUUUUUUAAACUAACUGAGACAUUUUUUUGGAAAUAGUCUGAUCCACCUACACUUUUGGUAAUCUGCUCAGCUAAUUUUAGAAGAUUGGCCAUCGUUCCAUCAACGGAAAAGCAUGUUGGAUCUGUAGUGUAAGUCUCUGGGCAAACAUCUAUAAGACAUGGACAGUGUGAAUGCAUUCAAUCAAUCUUAUAGUAGAUGUUGUGGAGAUCAUUUCUAACAUAAUUCUGCAUACUUACCACAGUUCAGCUUCUAUAUGAUUUAAGGUACAAAAUACUGCAGGCAUAUCCAUACCUCCUUACUGUUUCAGGCUAAAAGGUUGUUGAAGGUUAAGGCACUCUGCCUG